UAGCAGUCAGUCCGAAGUUUUAACUUCACCUGCCUUCCACCGUCAACUUCGCCUGUAAAUUCAUCUGUAACUUUUCGACAAGCUUUCCCUCUUACCAUAUGAAUGCCGCAGACCAGGCCGAUGAGCGCGCAACGCCCACAAACGCCAUUGCCGUCGUUCAACAGAACCGACAGCUGGUUGUGGAAAACGUCCCUCUACCGGAGCUGCAACCUCACCAAGUCUACGUCGCCGUCGAAUGGGCAGCAUUCAAUCCCACAGACAGACUUGCGUUCGAUGUCGAUGCAUUUGGAGAUGGUGCUGUUCUAGGCUGUGACUUUGUCGGUACAGUGACGAGAGCCCACCCAAAUGUGAGCAAAUUACAAGUUGGUGAUCGAAUUGCCGCGUUAGUUUGGGGUGGAGAGAUCAAGGGUGUUGGGGCGUACUCGUCCUAUUGCAUCGCAGACGAACGCAUCUCGUUCACAGUUCCGAGCACCAUCGAGAGUCUCAAGGCCUGCGCCAUUCCGCUCGCCGCAAAUACUGCGUACCUUGCGCUGUUCUCCGAGGAUUGCCUCGGCCUGUCGCGAGAUGUAUUUACCACCAAGCCUCCCGUGCUCAUCUGGGGCGGCAGCUCCGUCGUGGGAUACUUUGCCAUACAACUAGCCAAGCUCCAUGGGUACUCCGUAGCCACCACCUGCAGCCCACGCAACUUUGACUACGUCAAAAAUGCAGGAGCUACCUAUGUUUUCGAUUACAACGAUGUUGACGUAGUCUCGAACCUCCAGACCACACUGCCGAAGCUAUCCCACGUCUUCGACACCAUCGGUAACACAAUCUCCUCGGCGACCGCAGCCGCUGCUCUAAACGGCAGACCUGGAGUCCUUUGUACGGUCCGCCCAGGCAAAGCAAAUACAGAUAGUGUUCCUAGCAACAUCAAAGUGACUGACGUCUUCGUCUUCACCGCGUUUCCGACUGCACACACGUAUCGCGGACUAGUGAACUGGCCUGUUUCAAUGCCAAGCCAUAUUCUCAGCGCCGAGCUCUACGAACAGCUUCCGAGCUUACUCCAAAGCAAAUCCAUCUCGCCACCCCCUGUGAAGAUCAUGGGCAAGCUGGGUCCGCAGCCGGUCAUGGAAGCAAUGGCAUUGAACCGCGACGGGAAAAUCUCCGCAGAGAAGCUGUGCUUUGAGGUUUAUUCGGCGCUUGAAAAACAGCAUGCGUAGGGCAGUGAAGAAAUAAGAGCGCGAUUUCAUCCGGGGGUGCA